UGACUGCUGUGUGGUUUAUAUACCUGCUGUCACUGGAGCACCUUACUUCCUACUAGAGGGGCCACGCUCAACUCUGUCCUUCGCCCCUUCUGACCUGCGAUGGACCGCAGGUGCAACGGCUCUCAGCCCGGCCGAGAUGCCAGCCCCCCUGGGGUUCCUACGGGGGAGGCCGGCGCAGGAUCACAGAGAAGCAGCCAGUCGGCCCCCCCUGGUCCCAUGAAGAGCCCCGAGGAAUCUUCUAGACACUGUACAUCGAUUGGCCACAGAGAUAGUCACUGUCCAGUGUGUCUGCAGACCGCAAACUUCCCCGUCUCCACAAACUGUGGCCAUCUGUUCUGUGCACCUUGUCUGAUUGACUACUGGAGAUACGGGUCGUGGCUCAGCGCCAUCAGCUGCCCUGUCUGUCGACAAGAGGUCAACGUGCUGAGCCAUCUCUUCAGUGACAGCCGUUCAGACCGGAGGUCAAAGGAAGUGGAGGUGGACAUCAACGACUACAACAGGCUCUAUUCAGGAGCUCCUAGAAAGGUAAUGGAUGACCUGUGGGACGCGCUGCUAUUCCUGCAGCUGUUAGCACGCGGCCUGACAGCUGUAGGGGGUCUCUUGUGGCUCUUUUUCUUCCGGGUGGCGCUGUGCUGUUUGGGCGCCCUCGUGUCCUUCUCGUCCCAUCCCCUGGACACUGUCUCUUCAUCAUCAUCUUCAUCAUCAUCAUCAUCAUCGGUUACGCUAGGGAUGAACCAGUCUCUCUGCGUACUGCUUGGUGUCCUGGAUGACCUAGUGGUGGUCGUUCUGCUACUAAUCUGCAUUAUCAACAUCCACCAGCAGAUGGAACUCGAACGAAGCGGUUCGGUGAGCGCGUUAGCAACGCAUGUAGUAGGCCUACUAUGAAAAAAAAAAAAAGCACGUUGGUAA